AUGCAACGCGAGAAAGCGCGAGAAGGACCGAGAGAGAAAACAGAGAGCGACAGGUGCGCAAACGCCCACGUGGAGCUCACUUCUUUAAAGCAUCAUCGCGGACGGUGGAAGAACGAAGCAGAAGCAGAAACAGAAGAAGAUGACGACGACGAUGAUGACGAUGACGACGAGGACGACGAAGAGGACGAGGAAGAUGACCGACCGGCUUCCUUGAGCCGGUUGAACAGACCGACACUCGCUCUACACCCAAGUUGCACUCAUACCGAGUGCAUGUGGUGGGUCGAAGAUGUUAGCAGUAACUCGAGUGUAUCACAGCAGACGCGGUCCAAUCAAGAAUGGAGAAACCCAGUCGAAGCCAGUCAAAUACCCCUAAGGCUAUUCCUCGACUACGCCGAUGAAAAAGGCCACGACAAGGGCCGAUGA